AUGGGAUGUAUAAAAUCAAAAAGGAAAGACAAUCUGAAUGGCGAUGGAGUAGAUUUGAAGACCCAACCAGUACGUAAUACUGACCGAACUAUUUAUGUGAGAGAUCCAACGUCCAAUAAACAGCAAAGGCCAGUUCCAGAAUCUCAGCUUUUGCCAGGACAAAGGUUUCAAACUAAAGAUCCAGAGGAGCAAGGAGACAUUGUGGUGGCCUUGUACCCCUAUGAUGGCAUCCACCCAGACGACUUGUCCUUCAAGAAAGGAGAGAAAAUGAAAGUCUUAGAGGAGCAUGGAGAGUGGUGGAAAGCAAAAUCCCUUUCAACCAAGCGAGAAGGCUUCAUCCCCAGCAAUUACGUAGCCAAAGUCAACACGUUAGAGACAGAAGAGUGGUUUUUCAAGGAUAUAACCAGGAAAGAUGCCGAACGGCAGCUCUUGGCUCCAGGAAAUAGUGCGGGAGCCUUUCUUAUCAGAGAAAGUGAGACGUUGAAAGGAAGUUUCUCUCUGUCUGUCCGGGAUUAUGACCCUAUGCAAGGUGAUGUUAUUAAGCACUACAAAAUUAGAAGUCUGGACAAUGGAGGUUAUUAUAUCUCUCCACGAAUCACUUUCUCCAGUAUCAGUGACAUGAUUAAGCAUUAUCAGAAACAAUCUGAUGGCUUGUGCAGAAGAUUGGAGAAGGCCUGCAUUAGUCCUAGACCACAGAAACCAUGGGAUAAAGAUGCCUGGGAGAUUCCACGGGAGUCCAUUAAGUUGGUGAAGAGGCUGGGCGCUGGCCAGUUUGGAGAAGUCUGGAUGGGUUACUAUAACAACAGCACCAAAGUGGCUGUAAAAACCUUGAAGCCCGGCACCAUGUCGGUGCAAGCCUUCAUGGAAGAAGCAAACCUCAUGAAGACGCUGCAGCAUGACAAACUGGUGCGACUCUAUGCUGUGGUCACCAAGGAAGAGCCCAUAUACAUCAUCACAGAGUACAUGGCUAAAGGCAGUUUGCUGGAUUUCCUGAAGAGUGAUGAAGGUGGCAAAGUCCUGCUUCCAAAACUAAUUGACUUUUCAGCUCAGAUUGCAGAAGGAAUGGCCUACAUCGAGAGGAAGAGCUACAUCCACCGAGACCUGCGAGCAGCCAACGUCCUUGUGUCGGAGUCCCUGAUGUGCAAAAUCGCAGACUUUGGCCUUGCACGUGUGAUUGAAGACAAUGAGUACACCGCGCGGGAAGGUGCUAAGUUCCCGAUUAAAUGGACAGCUCCCGAAGCCAUCAACUUUGGAUGUUUCACUAUUAAGUCGGAUGUCUGGUCCUUUGGAAUUCUCCUGUAUGAAAUUGUUACCUAUGGGAAAAUUCCCUAUCCAGGGAGAACCAAUGCUGAUGUGAUGACUGCCCUGGCUCAAGGAUACAGGAUGCCCCGGAUGGAGAACUGCCCAGACGAGCUCUAUGACAUCAUGAAGAUGUGCUGGAAGGAGAAGGCAGAAGAGAGGCCCACGUUUGAUUACUUGCAGAGUGUCCUGGAUGACUUCUAUACAGCAACAGAAGGGCAAUAUCAACAGCAGCCCUAGCACAAUGGGAGACACGUAUCCAGGGGAGGACUAGCUAUGGUGGCUGUCUCAUUUCAGAAGAAAAGAUCACAAACAUUGGCUGCACUAGUUAUUCACGUGCUUGGACCAUUGAUCAUUCCUGGUGCCUAACAGCAGAGGCCAAGUUGCUGAGGAAGAACACCCUCUAUAUAGAAAAGGAUUAUCUUCUAGAUUCAGGCUCUUUGGUUUGCAGCUUGGACUGCUCCUCAACGGAUCGUCUUGUUAUGCUAGAUCCAUCUCUGAAUAGUUUUCUGCAAAGAGAAUUCCUGUCUUGCCCAAAGUGCAGCUGCUCUGGCCCUGUGUUUACAACUGGACAUGUGACCCAAAGUUUCAGAGACCAUCGCAACAAAUCCCAAACAGUAGCAGAGCAAUACUCCUUUAGAAUGUUAAACUAUCCUGAUCCUUAUCCUGUCAUUUCUCUGUACUUUCGGCUUAUUUUGUAGGGUAUUAAUAAUUACUAAUUCAACCGGUUAGAUGUUGCAGGUGAAAUCUGCAACUUAAAGAUGUCUUUUGGGACUUGGGGUGUUUUUCUCCUUCCCUUGGUAAUUUGAAACUGUUAUUCCAUCCCUGCGGCUGCAGAGAUCUCCAGACAGAAAAAGCCACAUUCCUUCCUGGAGAUGUGUUACUUGUGAGACUGCACAGGGGACGCAGGCCCCACUGACUACACAGGGCGCAGUAAGACCUCAAGAAAUGGAGAAGAUACCACAGCUUGCUCAGAAACCUCUCUGCCUUCAGAAAGCAUGUUUUUUAACAUUCCAGCUUUUCAAUUUCACAAGUCCCUAUUUCCCUUUAUGUAGACAUUUUUGAUAAUGUAGUUUGGAAAAUCAAAUAUUCUAAUCUCUGCAUAAGGUGAUAGGGAAACCUAGAAUUCUCUUUGUUGCUUCAAAUGAUUUGAAAAUUAUUUUAAUAAGAAACCAUUAAUUUUAGAUGUACUUGAGUGUAAUAAUGCUAUAUUUUUGGCUGGAUUUUAUGUGUGGUUCAGCAAUCUUUUAAAAUUGUGUAAUAUGUGUGAGACUACUUAUAGCCGAUAAUAUGAAGCUCUGCAGCAAGAAAACAAGAAAGAAGUUUUGUUUACUAAAUUUUUCUACUAUAAUCCUUGAUGGAAAAUGAUAUAUUACCUUCACUUAUCCUACCAUGUAUAUACCUAAUGUUUCUAUUUUUGAUUUUAUUUUAAUACACCUGGCCCAAACACAUUUCAAAAUAUUUGUGUUUUAUAUUUCCAAUAUGUGUUUAACAUUUCCAACUAUUGUCAACAUAAAAAUGUGUACCAGUUGGGGAGAAAAUGAUGUGAUUUCAUGUAAUUCGAUAGUUUCAGAGAUGUGUAUAUGUUCUACCUCUAGCUUUUGCCCAUUUUCAGAUAGAAAACUGAUGUGCUGAUGGCUUGGACACUUGAACACCCGUUCUGGAAGCGAAUAGAAUUUGUUUUCAAACAGGCCGGACAGGCACAUGGACAUUCUUUUUGUUAGGUGUUAACUAGGCCUGGAUUGGCAAUGGGUAAGGACACAACAUUCCACUUUUCUUUGAAUUUUAGCCUCUUUUCUUGGAGUGAUUUUUAAAAUGUUCUUUCUAAAGUUCUCCAUUCACAAAAAUAAUAUUAUAAUCAUAUAAUGUCUAUAGUCCUGGCACACUGUGUUUCACAAUAGUAUGUUCUUGUGUACACCCCAUCCAUUCGCAUUGUAUUUCAGGACACAUUCAACACAGUAUAUAUUACCUAGGAAAGAAACUUAAAGCCUUCAAAGCACAAAAUAGUUACUAAAUUCAGUUUCGACUUGUCUCUGCCUCUUGGAUAGGUUUCCCCUUUGCCAUUUGAUUUCCCAUCUCAGUCAAGUAUGUACUCCCCCCAUUGUAUUAAGGACUUAAAGAAAAUCAACUAUACCCUCUUCCUGUGGCCAGUAUUCUAGUCUCCUAGAUUGACAGGAAAGGUGAGGAUAUGAACAGGUGAUCUGAUUCAGAACUUUAAAAAACAGCAGGGCCCACAUCCCCCACAAGAUUUUGGUUCAGUUAUGUGCAAUAGAGUGUGAAUGUGUUUAAAAGUCUCUCCAAGUGGAUAUUCUAUACACUUGAGUCAAGAGCUAUUCACUGGUUUGACCCAUCGUUCAAAGCUAUCUACUCAAAGAAGCCCAAUAUUGUCUUUCCUCAGAUGGUUUCCCAUGGAGGGUACAGAAGCAGAGGAAGAAGAGAACACCUUUUUUUUUUCAUUUGAUAUACUUUUUAUUAUUGUGUAGCUUUUCUACGUUACAUAUAAUAGAUAGCAUGUAUAUUAUAUAAUACAUAUGCAUAGUCUAUAUAUUGUAGUGAGACAUCUUUCAGAGGAAGCCUUAUGGAUUUUUUAAAAAUCAUUUUAUUGGGGGCUUGUACAACUAUCACAAUACAUACAUACAUACAUACAUUGUGUCAAGCACAUUUGUACAUUUGUCGCCCUCAUCAUUCUCAAAACAUUUGCUUUCUACUUGAGCCCUUGGAGAACACAUUAUAAUACUCAUGUGCCUUUUUUCCUUUCUGAUGAACAUGGAGCUCAUUGUACCUAAAGUGAAGCUCAUGGGUUUGACCCUGAUGUCCUUAAUAACCGGGCCACUGAGGCAGUGUAGCUCCUUGGAGCAUGCGCUGCGAUAAUUCCAGUGCAAACAGGUUUAGACAACUGAAAAUGUGCACUGCCCAGACUUUUCUUUAAAAGAAAUACUGCACGCGCAGGCUGUGAACCUUAUCUCCUGAAUGUAUGAACAGUUGGUGGGAGGAGGCACUAUACAUGCAUGUCAGCAUAGACAGUGGAGCGUUCAACUCUGCCUCUAGUGCCGCUUUCCCUCUGAUCCUUCCUCAAUACUCAGUACAUGCAGCACUGGCAGCUACUACAAAAUAUUCAGCACUGUGACACCAGCAUCUUCAUUUAAUUGGGUUAAAAGAAAUCCUCACCCUUUGACUCAAUAGGCCAGCCCUUAUGACUUAAUUGUACAUCUAACAACCAGUUUGGCCCCUUGCUUAACUCAAAGCAUCUCUCAGAUAAGCUUUCACCACCCAUCUUUCUCCUUAGUGUCUUCCUUUAUAUUUUACUUGUGCCUCAUGGAAGGGAGAUUCCAGUUCCAUCUCCUAUAUUUUGACGACAUGAAAUUAAGGAUUUAAAAAAGAUUAAGUGAAAACAAGCCUUGUUAUGUUACCUGGUGGAUCUGGUGACUAUAAAUACAAAACAUUUUCUAUAUAUCUACCAUUUACCCCCUGUCCUAUGUUUUAUUUUGGCACUUUAUCAGAAUUAUCUCUCACUUACACAAUAACUUUCAAGAUACAGAAAAUGCAAUCCUUGUUUCACUGCUGAGAAAAUGGGCUUUUUUUUUUAUAAGCCAUGGAGGGAAUAGAUGGGUUCUGCUUCAUUUUGUUUACUGAUGAAAAAAAUAAAUGACAGACCUUUGUA